AUGUCGGCGUUGGCGGUGGGAGACGCGGACGGCGGCGUGGUCUCGCCGGGAGGAGGGCUGCAGGCAAGUCCGACCGUGGUGGUCGACGGCGACGUCGUCCUGUCCGGCGUCGUCCUCGUCCUCGUCGCCCUCGCGUUCGUCUUCGUCAUGCACCACUUCCUCGCCGCGAUGCGCCGCCGCGACAGCGACGCGGGGUCGUCGUCGGCGUCGAGUGGGCGCCAGCGCGGCGGCCGUGGCGUGAUGGCUGGCGUCGUCGGCAUAGAUGCCGCCAAGGCUGGCGGGCAAGGCGGCGUUAACCCGGCGGUGCUGCGGGCGCUGCCGGUGACGGUGCACAGGGCGAUUAUACGCCGCCGCCGCCGCCGCUGGAAUUCCCCGUUUUCCCUCGCGGAGUUGAAGGACGGCAAGGCGGCCCUUGCCGAAGUUGCCGCCGGCGCCGCCCCUCCUCCGCUCGCUCUCCCUCCUGCGCAGCCGGAGCCGGCCAACUACGCGAGCGCGACGACCACCGCCCAGCUGCCGACGAACGUCCUGUUCUGGGGAUCGCAGGGCGCGGUGGUGACCACCACCACCAGCGCCGCCGCCUCGUCGUCCGGCGGAGACGAAGCAGCAGCAGCGGUGCUG